AUGAUGUUUGACCUAUGUGGGGACAAUGGUGAUUCAGUGAUAAAAUUCUUGCCUUCCAGGCAGGAGAUCUGUGGUAACUUCCUGCUCAAUGCACUUUAUGCUCAGCCUCUGCCCAUUGCUCCGCAUUGGAAUGAAACUGCAGAAAAAAAUUCAGGAGACCUGGCAGAUGAAGACCAUCCGCUGCAACAGAACAGCAGCAGUAAUAUCAGCCACAGCAAUGCGAUGCAGAAAGAAAUCACGCUACCAUCAAGACUCAUAUAUUACAUCAACCAAGACUCUGAAAGCCCCUACCAUGUUCUUGACACAAAGGCAAGACACCAGCAAAAACAUCGCAAGGCCAUCCACCUGGCCCAGGCAAGCUUCCAGAUUGAAGCCUUCGGCUCCAAAUUCAUUCUUGACCUCACACUGAACAACGGCCUGCUGUCUUCUGAUUAUGUGGAGAUUCACUAUGAAAAUGGAAAACCACAGUUCUCUAAGGGUGGAGAGCACUGUUACUACCACGGGAGCAUCCGAGGCAUCGAGGACUCCAGGGCGGCUCUCUCCACCUGCGAUGGACUUCAUGGCAUGUUUGAGGACGAUACCUUUGUGUACACGAUAGAACCGCUGGAGCUACUUCACAGUGAGAAGAGCACAGGUCGACCACAUAUCAUCCAGAAAAGUGUGGAGCAGGGUGACCAGUGGCCCUUUUUAUCUGAACUGCAGUGGCUGAAAAGGCGAAGGAAGAGAGCGCCAUCUCGUGGUGUCUUUGAAGAAAUGAAAUACCUAGAACUUAUGAUUGUUAAUGAUCACAAAACGUACAAGAAGUAUCGCUCUUCUCAUGCCCAUACCAACAAUUUUGCUAAGUCUGUGGUCAACCUCGUGGAUUCUAUUUACAAGGAGCAGCUCAAUACCAGGGUUGUCUUGGUGGCCGUGGAGACCUGGACUGAGAAGGAUCACAUCGACAUCACCACCAACCCAGUGCAGAUGCUCCACGAGUUCUCCAAGUACCGGCAGCGCAUCAAGCAGCACGCAGACGCUGUGCACCUCAUCUCGCGUGUGACCUUCCACUAUAAGAGAAGCAGUCUGAGCUACUUUGGAGGUGUCUGUUCUCGCACCCGAGGAGUUGGUGUGAAUGAGUAUGGUCUUCCAAUGGCAGUGGCACAAGUAUUGUCGCAGAGCCUCGCUCAGAACCUGGGAAUCCAAUGGGAGCCUUCCAGCAGAAAGCCGAAAUGUGACUGCAUAGAAUCCUGGGGCGGCUGCAUCAUGGAGGAGACCGGCCCUGACCUCAAAAUUGGUAUUUUUGCUCCCCCUCAGCACAAAAGGAUCCUUAUUUUUGAAGGCAUCCUAACGAGACCUGAGAGAAUGUAUUACUCGGGGAAUUUGUCGCUGUUUGAACCCACCGAGUGUGGAAAUGGAUAUGUAGAACCCGGGGAAGAGUGCGAUUGUGGUUUCCAUGUGGAAUGCUAUGCCCUGUGCUGUAAGAAGUGCUCCCUGUCCAAUGGCGCCCACUGCAGCGACGGGCCCUGCUGUAACCACACCUCGUGCCUUUUUCAGCCUCGAGGAUAUGACUGCCGGGAUGCCGUGAAUGGCUGUGACAUCACCGAGUACUGCACUGGGGACUCUGGCCAGUGCCCACCAAAUCUUCAUAAGCAAGAUGGAUACGCAUGCAAUCAAAAUCAGGGCCGCUGCUACAACGGGGAGUGCAGGAGCCGGGACAACCAGUGCCAGUACAUCUGGGGAACAAAGGCUGCAGGGUCUGAUAAGUUCUGUUACGAAAAGUUGAACACAGAAGGCACCGAGAAGGGAAACUGCGGGAAGGAUGGAGACCGCUGGAUCCAGUGCAGCAAACAUGACGUGUUCUGUGGAUUUCUACUCUGUACCAAUCUUACUCGAGCACCACGGAUUGGUCAACUUCAGGGGGAGAUCAUUCCCACUUCCUUCUACCAUCAAGGCCGAGUGAUUGACUGCAGUGGUGCUCAUGUGGUUUUAGAUGAUGACACAGAUGUGGGCUAUGUAGAAGAUGGAACCCCAUGUGGCCCAGCUAUGAUGUGUUUAGAUCGGAAGUGCCUACAGAUUCAGGCCCUGAAUAUGAGCAGUUGCCCACUUGAUUCCAAGGGCAAAGUCUGCUCAGGCCAUGGGGUGUGCAGUAAUGAAGCGACCUGUAUCUGCGAUUUCACCUGGGCAGGAACAGACUGCAGCAUCCGAGAUCCGGUUAGGAACCUUCACCCACCCAAGGACGAAGGACCCAAGGGUCCUAGUGCCACCAAUCUCAUAAUAGGCUCCAUCGCCGGUGCCAUCCUGGUAGCCGCCAUUGUCCUUGGGGGCACGGGCUGGGGAUUUAAAAAUGUCAAGAAGAGGAGGUUCGAUCCUAGCCAGCAAGGCCCCAUCUGAGUCAGCUGCCCUGGAUGAUGUUCACCUUGUACUGGUGGAUUCUGGGUGUGGCGUACUUCGAGCAACGUUGCCGGAACUCGUGUGUCUGGAAACA